UCAUUCAGUCCACAGUCAUGGCGGAUUUACAGCGCUGUAAGGACGUGCUGGAUAUUUUGGGUGACGGGCAUCCCGAUUCGAAAGAACAUGUUUAUUUGGAAGAAACAUUCUAUAUCUUAUCAAAAAAGAACUCAGUGUUUCGUGUCCGGCUCACAUCCAAAGGAUUAUCUUUAACAAAAGAAACCGAGGGCAAUUCAAAAGAACAGACUAUUUUGCUAGGAGAUAUAAUCGGAAGUAAGUGCAUGAGAAGCAAAAGACGUCGCCCUGGAGCCAGUUCUUGUGUGUGUAGUUCACUUGUGGGCAGCCAGCAGCUAAAAGUGGUCGAUGAAAACAGUGGCGAUCUGGAUGAGAAUGAUAUCAGUGCUUAUCUCUACAUUUACGCAUACAUACUGAAACACAGCCGUCGUAAUUUGAAAAGAGAGAGGACCACAAUAACUUUGCGUUUUAGAUCCUUUGAUAAAUACGAGGAUAACAAUAAAGAAGCACAAAAGUGGAGAACGACUUUGAAAUGUUUGAUCAGCGGUCAGACAAUCGCGAACAUGCCGCCUCUGAACGACAAAAAAUUGUUGAUUCUUUUAAAUCCUAAGUCAGGAAAAGGAAAAGCUAGGGAAUUGUUCCAGACUAAAGUAGCACCAUUGCUUCAGGAAGCAGAGGUACCUUACGAGCUUCACGUGACGAAAUAUGCGCAAUUUGCACGAGAGUUUGUGCGUACUAGAAAUGUGUAUGCGUGGAAAGGCAUUGUCGCUGUAGGCGGCGAUGGAGUGCUGUUCGAGGUUCUAAAUGGCAUGUUUGAAAGGCUUGAUUGGCAGCAGGCCUUAGCAGAGGUUCAUCUAGCGAUAUUGCCUUGUGGAUCUGGCAAUGGCCUGGCCAGAACUAUUUGUCAUUUAUACAAUGAACCAUACAUUCCUGAGAAUUUGACGGGACUGUCUAUGGCUUUGGCACGCGGCAAAAUAUCCCCAAUGGACGUAGUCAGAGUGGAGACCAAAACUAAGAUAAUGUUUUCGUUCCUCUCCGUCGGUUGGGGUCUGCUCUCCGAUAUCGACAUAGAGAGCGAGAGAUUGCGAGCCAUCGGUGGUCACAGGUUUACCGUUUGGGCGGCGGCGCGCCUCGUCGGUCUCAGACGUUACAAGGGCGUCCUAAGCUACGUCAAAAUUAAGGAUGUGAGCAAUCUGCCCAAGCCGAAACUACCGCUCACCCUCAGCCACAGCAUAAGCCAGGACGGCGCGCUCGAUUCCCCCGACGCGGAAGCGUUCAUUGAUUGCGACGAGCACGCGGAUGUAAUCUCUAGAACAGUGAACGGUAAACACCAGCGCGUGGACUCGUGGUACUCUGUGAACUCGCGACGAAGCGCAUUUUACAGCACCCGCGGAUCCGACUACCACAGCGUCACCAGUGGCGGUUCCGAAAUGCGUUCACCUGUACACGCCUGCAUGCAUGGCCCGGCCUCUCAUCUGCCGUCUUUGAUGUCUCAGCUACCCGCGCAUUGGGUGCACGAGCAAGGAGAGUUCAUAUUAGUCCACAUUGCGUAUCAGCAGUAUAUAGGAGAGGAUUUCCUAUUUGCACCCCGCUCGCAGCUCUCCGACGGAGUGAUAUGGAUGCUGGUCAUCAAAGCAGGCGUCGCCAGAUCCCAGCUUCUCUCAUUCCUCCUCGGCGUGGGUCAGGGCUCCCACGCGGAAAUUAAUAACGAUCAUAUAAAAAUGAUUCCGGUGAGCGCAUUCCGAAUAGUACCCGAGGGUCCGGAUGGCUAUCUCACGGUCGACGGCGAGUGCGUGGAAUACGGUCCCAUUCAGGGUGAGAUAUUCCCCAAUUUAGUUAACAUCUCAGUGCCGGACACUAAAACAUAACUCGCGGUUGUUUUGAUUUUAGCAAUUAAGUGGAUGGUUAUCAUUAUUAAUAAUAAACCGAGCCGAUUGAAUUUGCCAUACGAGAGAAUGUAACCACGUAGGAAAACCAAGGUUGUGUCAGAAUAUAUCUAAAUUUUACUACCAAAGUACCAAUUUCAAUUAACCAAGAAAGUGAUUUGUUCUUUCUUACAACAUACUUAGUAAUUUGGCUGAUUUUUUUAUUGUUAUAUAAAACUUUUAUGUAGUAUGGAUAAAGUUGGUGAUUUAUUAUCACUUUUGGGCCAUUAAUCACUUGUACUGCAUGAUUUCGCUAUUUAGUAAGAUUUCUUCCAAUUGGGAUGUUGGGCAAUUAUCAUGUAUAAUCGGAUAAAAAAUGUCUGCCAAUAUUAUUUUUAUAGUUUUUUUGCUAACAAAAGAGGCUUCUUAAGAUAUUUUUAUUAAAAAUAAAAUCCGAGAUUCCAGGAUCGCAUAACUAAUCGGAUGUAUAUUUGCUUAAAGUUAAAUUUAUAUUUCCCAUUCCAGUGUAUGUGUAUGAAAGGUGUAAGAGUAUAAGAGAAAAGUGAUUUCGUUAAUAAGAAAACAAAUUAUAAAUGUAAAAAAAACAUUAAGGACAUUUUACACAAUAUUUUUAUCUUAUACACAAUUCACAGGGCAAUUGUCGUUUGUGUCAAUCUGGGUUCAUUAGAUCACUUCGUGAGACUUAAAUUUGAAUUUCCCGGAAUCGCGGGUUUUUAUUGUUGAUAAAAAAGUGCUUUGCAUAAUAGCCAACAUCUCGACUUUAUGUAUAUAUGCAUCCGAUUAUCCGAUCUCUACUCAUUACCGCCUCACUCAUAGUCUUGGUUUUAACCUAAUGUUGUCUCUGUCUUCUUUUGAACAAGCAAUAGUGAAAUCAUCAGUUUGAGUCCUGGUUUAGUCUACGUUUUGUAAUAAGGCGGAUAGAGUUCACAACGUGAUUAUCGCCUAAAAGUGGCAGAACACAAACUUCAUCGAUAGUACUCUGUAAAAUUAUUUAAGUAAAUUACGUAUCUGGUACGUAGGUACUUCUGUCAUAAUCAUUAUUGAUACAUAUUUUAUAAUUGAUUCAUAUAAGUGUGAUAAUACUUUUAAGUAAAUAAAUAAUUAAAAUUGUGUUUAGUAACUAGUCAAACCUUUGAAAAUUAAGAGUGCCAAAUUGUUCAAGCACUGAUUUUUUUGAAGUAAUAAUUGAUUAUUCGGAAUUGUUAAUCUAUCAGUGAGGGUAUGUUGAUUCCUAUUACCUAUUUAUUUUAAGUUUAUUUAUAAAAUGUAGCUUGAAGCAGUUUAUAGUAUUGGAAUGCAAUAAUAAUAAUUUAUUCCAUCAACAUCAUGUUAUUGAAUAACAUUCUUAAACUUGCAUUUAAGAUUAAAUCUUUUGACUUUUAUAUACACUCGGCGUCAAGAAAAUGGCACCUUCGCGAAUACAAGUUUCGAGCGUUAUUAUAACCCGUAACGCACGCAUUUACCCUCUACAAUAUUGGUGUCAUUUGAAAGCCCAUUAAAUAAACUUAUAAAAUCAAUUCAAUUACUUAAUUUUUAUUUUUAUUGGAACAGUGCAAAAAACAAUAACUACAGAUUAAUUACACAAAAACAAAAUACAAACAGGUUCUUAAAACUAACCUAAAACCUAGUAUAACCUCCCUUGCCCGGAUGACUGCUUCCACACGCUUCCUCAUGGAUCUUACUAAUUUUCGGAGCUCUUCUUGAGGGUUACUGGCCCAUUCCUCAAUAACGGCCUCUUCGAGCUCCUGGAGAGUCGUAGGAGCGGGAUUAGAUAUAUAGCGGGAUAGGAAGGGUUUAGGGCUGGACUUCUCGCUGGCCACUGCAUGACAGAGAUCCCAACCUCUUCAAGGAAGUCGCGCACAAUUACUGUGUUGUGAGCGCGAGUUCCAGGAGCUCUCUGGGGAGUUUUCUGUUGCGGCGGGUACGGGAGCGGUCGUACGCAGGCGUGAUGUCCCACAGGUGCGCGUACGAUGAGUGGUCUGCUCGAAUAACCCCAAUUGAACCUGUAUUAACCUUUUUAUACCCACUAAAGGUAGCACAACUAGUGGUCGUUUUGAGGAGCAAAAUUGCCAUUAUUUUAAAGUUACAUUCGUGGUAUCAAGCUUUUUUAUGUUUAUUUAAUGGGUUCUCAAAUGACACCAAUUUUGGAGGGGGUACAUGUGCGUGUUAAGGGUUAAUAACGCAUGAAAGUUAUUUUCGCGGAGAUGCGAUUUUUUUUUACGCCGAGUGUUUUAUUUUUGAUUUAUUUACGUUUCUAGAAAAGCUCAAACACAUAGGUGUAUAUGUGCACUGAACGUAAUGUAAUAGUGUUUUUAAAGCUGUAUAGAUUUUAAGGGUGCAUUCCAUUAUGCAACUAGCAAUUCCUUAAGUGCGUUAUUUGCAUGUAAGUAUAUUAUUUAGAAAUAUAUAAUAAACUGGGAAGUGGGUUUGGUUUGUGUUAUAUUUUGUACUUAGAAAUAUGAUUUUAUAUAUUUUCACAUAAAGCAAUAACAAACAUGGUUUGGCUUAUAUCGCGGAUGGGAAGGUUGAUGGGCAGUAUUAAUAAUUAUUAUAUUUACUAAAUUAUUAUUUUAAAUUCUUCUGUGAUAGUUAUAAAAUUCUGCCAUAAUGUGGAUACAUGAUUAAGAGUUCAAAAAUAAUAACCCCAGGUAUUGCCUUAUUUUUUUCAUAUUUAUUUGUUUAAGAAUGUGAUUGAUAAUAUAUAAGCAUUUUUUUUUUGUAAUACAGGUUUCUUUGAUAUCCUGUUUAAAAGUGUGUGUAUGAUGGUUUAUGUUAAGCAUGUUUGAGUUCUAAAAGCUUUGCUUAUUCAUAAAACAAGUCUUUUGUGAAUAAGCAGUUUUCAAUCUGCCUAUAGUAAAUCCUGCCUGGUUGCAGUUACUGAAUUUUAUGUGUACAAAAUAUAUAAUUAAGCAGUAUACAGCAUCAAGACACGGCUAAAGCACAAAUUAUUUUUAUUAUUCAUAUUGCAAUUUUGAAUGGAUUAUGUAUUAUGUUUGUUGAUUUACUGCUAAUCUUGUAUUUAUAUAUUAUCUGGUGAUACAAGGCUACAUUCCAAGUUUCCAAAUAUAUCAAUGAAAAUUUUAAAUGCAUUGUAUUAAUGUAAAUAAAAGUUUAUGAAAUUGUUGUUAUUAAAUAAUUUUUGAUUAACUAUGUAUUUUAUUCCUUAUGGUUCUUCAAUUCAACAAUAUAUGGGUAAAGUAAAAAAAACACAAAUAUUUGGAAAGCUUUUAAUACUUACAUGCAUGUUUUUCUCCAAAAAUUAUUCAAUCAAAAUGGCAUAUUGCAACUAUUUACAGAAUAUGAAAGAAUACACAUUCUUAAACACUUAUGUUUACAAAGAUUUCACUGUUUAUAGAAGGAUGUAAUUUUGACUCUUUAAUCCAAAUAUGUCUUUGAAAAACAUUUGAAUACAUCACAAUUUGCAGAGGAUGUUCUAGAUUUGUGAACAUGUGGAUAAGAAAAAUAAUUAGGCAGCAAUCAGAUGCUUAGAUAUAAAAGAAUGUUGGAGAGCAACAAAGUUAACUUUUAUGCUUGGUGAAAUUAACUCUAGCAAUGAAACUGGAAGAAAAUGUACAAUAAUACUUCACCUCCUUAGCUUAUCAUUAAUUACCAGUCUCAUUUGAAUGAGCCUCACUUAAAAUGAAAAUAAAGCAAGAUAGGAAACAUUUAAUUUUGCUAGAAGAAUAGUAAGAACAUACAUAAAAUUAUGUACAAAAGCAAACCACAAUUUUUAUUGGCUUUAAAAUUUUCAGGUUUCUGCAGACCUCAACAUCUUAAAAAAAAACUAUCUCUAGAAACAUUUUCUUCUAUUAUUGUAAAUGAGAAAGUUUGUUAUUCAAUCACGCAAAAACAGCUGAAUGGUUUGGAUGAAAUUUGGCACACAUUUAGUUUAUUACCUGGCUAAUAGACAAAGUAUUCCUUUUAUCCUGGAAAAAAGGAGGUUCCAGUGGGAUUCCCAAAAAAAAAUUAUAGCUUUAUCCAAAGCUAAUCUUAUAUAUUUCUGAAUCUAUGAAGAUUAUUUGUGUUAAAAAUUAAUGGUUAAACAUGAAUUGCUAAUAUAAAUAAUAGAAAUUGUCAAUUACUAAUAUUAGCAUGAAAUACCUACACUGGAUUGACAUAAAAACAUUGCAGAUAUUGAGGUGGUAACCUGUCAUUGUUUUUUCCUGAAUACAACUCAAAUCAACAAUUAUUAUUUGUUAAGAUUUGAAGGUUUACUUUUAUUAUGUUAGUUUUUAUUUGAAUGAGUUUUUUAAUAAUUUUCAAUUCUUCCUUAUUCAGACUUUAUGGAGACAAAUUUGGUUCUAUAAUCAGAGAAUUUUAAUAUUGAUUGAUAUAAUUUGCUUAAAACUAAAUGAUAAAUUCUUAGAAUUAGACAAUAAGUGAAUGUUAACAGUCUUCUGAAUUAUAUAUAGGUCCAAAUACUUUAGUCACUUAAUUUAUUUUAACUUCAGUGAAUCAAGACUGUCAAGUAAGUUUUGGACUUCAGAAUCCACUUGCUCUCGAGUGCUUACAUGUUCCAGCCUUUCACGGACGGAUUCCAAGUCUGCAGCAUCUGCUUUUUGAAUUUUCAUAUACUUAAGCAUCAUUUCAACUACAAGGCAUAUUUCUCCAAUAAGUUGUUUAGUUUCUUCAAAAUGACCUGCUCCACUAGGACGCAUUUGAAUAAGUUUCAAUUUACUUUGAGCCAACUGUAUGGGAUUUCUUCCAUAUCUGUCAUUUGAACUCACAUCAGUACCAGCGUCAAGUAAUUCAAUAACAACUGGUAUGUGGUUUGUACAUGCAGCAAGAUGAAGAGGAGUGUUUCCUAAUGUGUCUUUUAUAUUAGGAUUAGCACCAUGUCUUAAAAGCGUUCUUACGACAUCAACAUAUCCACGACAUGCUGCCAAGUGGAGAGGGCUUCUUUUGAAUUCAUCUGAAGAAUUCGGAUCAGCUCCUGAUGACAAUAUCUUCUCCACUAGUUCAGUAUUAUUCGUUGAGGCAGCAAAUCUCAGUUUUUGAUUUCUUGAUGAGCUUAUCGUGGCUCCACAUCGAUAUUUGUUUAAUCUGUAUUGCCGUCCUUUUAAGCAACAUUUAAUUUUACCGAUAUGAUCAUGAGGUCGGUCGAAAAAUUCUAUAGGCAUUGGCUGACCUACUUGGUUUAUGGGUAUUGCUGGGGGAUUAAAUUCCAAGACACAUUGAGAAUGGUCGAAUACAGGAUUGUCACUGCUCUCGUUACUGGUAUCAACACCUGAAUCAGUCAUUAUCCCGACUUUAAUUAAUAAAUCUUAUAGCAUGCAUGCAAAAAGUAAGAAAUGAAUUUCUAUUCACUGUUUUUUUUAGAUCAAAUUAAACAAAACCUUUCGAAUCAAAUACAACAAUACAAUAAGACGAACGAAAUAAUGGAUGGUCACAGACUAAACAAACGUUAUCAGAUGUGUCUGUCUGUC